UUUGUGAAGUUCUGUUGGGUCCCAGGCCACGUGGGUAUAAGAGGUAAUGAAGAAGCUGAUACAGCUGCUAAGUCAGCAAGCCCUUCACAGCAUACAAUGCAUAUUGAAGGAGGUGAUUUGAAGCUGGUCGUUAAAAAACGACUAGCAGAGAGAUGGCAAAAUAUGUGGAACGCACAAAUCCACAAUAAACUACACGAGAUCAAACCUUUGAUAGAAAAUUGGACACACAAUAGGCAGUAUGAUAGGAGAUCUGAGGUUGUCCUUACUCGUUUGAGAAUUGGACACACACGACUGACUCAUCAAUACCUUUUGAAGGGAGAUGACGAAGCAGUAUGUCAGUACUGCAAUUGUACCGUAAGUGUUAAACACAUACUUUGCAAUUGCAUCGCUCUUGAUCAAUGUCGUAGACAGCAUUUUGGAAAUGCAAGUUUGAGUGAGAUUUUGGGCCAGAGGCCAAAACUUGAUAAGUUACUGAACUUUCUUAAAGUUGUAAAUAUUUAUAAAGAGAUUUAAUUAAUUAUUCAUAUACUUAUUGAUUAUUUAUUAUCAUAUUUUUUUAUUAUUAUUUAUUAUAUAUUUAUAUCUGUUUUGUUGUUUUGUUUAUUUGAUCUUAUUCAUGUUUAUGUGUUGUAUCUAUAUUUUGUUAUAUAUAUUAUGUUCAUUUAUUUAUUUAUUUUACCUUUUGCCUUGGCGCAGCAUGGCCUGAAUGGCCCUUGUGCCAGAAAACUCGCACCAACCAACCAACCAACCAACCAACCUUUGUAAUCUUAUAAUUUUAUAACUUACUGAUUUUGUGAUUUAUAAUUUUAUAAUUUGUACUUCGCGGGCAUCUUAAUGUAAACUGUAUCACUUAUUGUUACUUUUAUUUGGCAUUUUUACUCUCAUUGUAUUCGCAUGUACCUUGUUCAUGUAACCAUUUCCUCAUUGCAUUUGUCUAUGUAUAACUGUAUGAUGUAUUACCUCGACAUUCUAAUAUGUUAACCAAUUAUCGCGCCAACAAUCCAUUGUAAAUUCUCAUUGCUUAAUUGUCCAAACUGUCAAUCAUGUAUGUAUUUGUCUUAUUUUUAAUAGUUGCGGUGCAGGCGCCCAUGAGUCUCCCACUUACCCUACUCUAUCCUAUCUUACUUUCUUUCACCUUCGCCUUAACUCGUCAAA